CCCACUAUUCAGGGUUUAGGGAUUCAAGAGAAAAAAACACUUUCUCUGUUACCCUCCCAACAUGCAAGCCCUAGAACAACAACAAGAACAAUCCGAUGACCGAUUGGAGCAGAAAGCCAAACUAUCAUACCCUGAAGAAAUAAUCGAAGAGAUCUUCUCCAGACUCCCCGUCAAAUCCAUUCUCCGGUUCAGAUCCCUCUCCAAACCAUGGCUCUCGAUCAUCUCAGGUCCACGAUUCACCAAACUCCAGAUCACUCGCGCCACCCGCACCGCCUUAUUCAUUUCCGCUCGCGAUCGAAGCAAUGGCGACCGACACUUAUUCUCUGGCUCUCUUGACGGCGGAUCAGUCACUCAUCUCAUGACAAUCGGCACCUCUUAUUGUCCCGAGGACACAGAAGCCGAACAUUUAAAUGGGUUAGUUUGUUUUAAUUACGGAGAUCUGUUUCAUGAUAACAAUAUCACUUUGGUUCUUAACCCUAGCACCCAUAAGUUUUUUAAACUCCCUGAUCGGGUUUCGGAUAAUUAUAUUGCGUCUAACUUAUUUGGGUUCGAUGAAUCAAGAAAUGAACACAAGGUUUUGAACAUAAGUCAAUCUUUUGAAGACUCCGAUACAAUUGAGAUUAUGAUUUUCUCCAUUUCAAAUUACUCAUGGAGAAAGAUCGAUGUGGAUCUUCCUGUUAAUGUAAGUCUUAAUGUUAGUCGGCAUCGUUGGUACUAUUCAGGAGGAAGUGUUUGUGUCAAUAGCACCGUACAUCUGAUGCUUCGUGACCCUCUCGAAAUUUUGGCAUUCGAUUUAAGAACAGAGAAGUUUUGCAUUGUUAAGAUUCCUUCAGAUGCCGUGCCCCAAGAUACGUUACAUCCCUGCACACGCCUCAUAAAAAUCAAUGGCUUGUUAGGCAUUCUUUCUCACGAUCGUGUGGAGGAAAGCAAUGAAAUGCAUAUCUGGAUAUUACAAGACUAUGAAAAACGAGUUUGGGUCGAAGAAACCAUUAGGUUCCCCGGGUCUUGGAUCAAGAUGGGUCGUCCUUUCCCGUUGGAUUCUGGCAAUACUGAUGAGAUUAUGUUUUCCCCAAGUGUGUUGUCUGAGGAUUUGUUCGAAGUACCCAUCUACGACAUGAAGAGGAGAUGUUUUAAAUCAAUUCAACUCACUCUUGAUCGUCAAUUUGUAUGGCCAGAAGCGGUGGAGUUGGAGGAAAUCAAGUGUUAUGUUGAAAGCCUCAUUCCUUUGCAGAACCAGCAGAAUGAUACAUACCUUCGUUUCUGAAAUUCAGGAUCAACACAAGUAUCAAUCUCUAUCCUCACUAGUUAAGAUUAUUAUUGAGAGCAAAUUGCAUUAAUUGGCAACCAGUUUACGAAAGUAUUUCAUUUUAGUCGUAGUUACUUAUGUUCGAUGUCAUCAAUUAAGGUAUGGUUUAUGUUCUAUUGUGGCCAUUAAAAGGUUUAUCUUC